ACGCAUUUGUGAACACUCUUAUUUCGUACUGGGUUGACCUAACCCUAUAAUUUCCCCCAAUUUCAAACCCGACCCGUUACGAGCAUUACAGAAGCAUCAUUCAUCAGCAGAUCAACUAGACUCCAUGAAUUGCAUCAUCGACGACCCAAACCCUAACCUGAUUUAGAAGACCAACAAAACAAUUCUUAAAGUCACUGUCUGUGGAUCGAAGGAUUAGGUUUGAUUUGGUCUUUAAGCUUUUAGCUGAUGUAUUGUUGGCGGCAGCUGAGAUUGACUCUGCUGGUAUGGGUUCUAGGGUUAGGGUUUGGGUUUGGGAGUGCGUUUAAGGUGCCGUUUAGGGUGAAUGAUGUGCUUCCGGUAUUGCCUCGUCAGAUUUCAUGGCCGGUCCUCAAUAGCUUCCAUAGUGCUGCGGAUUUGAUGCCCAUCUUUGUCGGGUCGCUCGCUCCGAACAACGGGUCUAUCCGGUGGAAAGGGUCGUGCUUCUUUGAGAAUGAAGCUAGGGUUGAGCUCAACGGUUCCGGCGAUCGUGAAAUCGGCGGCGCCACCAUCUAUCUCUCGACAGCGGCAGCACACAGCUGGACAUGUAUGGAUCUAUAUGUGUUUGCUACUCCUUAUAGGGUAACAUGGGAUUACUAUUUUCAGUCCCGAGAACACACACUUGACAUUCAAUCAUGGGAAGAAACUGCAGAGAUGGAAUAUGUCAAGCAACAUGGGAUCUCUGUAUUUCUCAUGCCAUCAGGGAUGCUUGGAACUUUUCUUUCCUUGCUGGAUGUAUUACCUUUGUUUUCCAACACAGCAUGGGGUCAGAGUGCUAAUUUAGCUUUUCUGAAGAACCACAUGGGAGCAACUUUUGAGAAACGCCCUCAGCCAUGGCAUGCUACGAUUAAUCCUGAUGACGUUCACUCUGGUGAUUUCUUAGCUUUGUCAAAAAUCCGUGGUAGGUGGGGCGGAUUUGAAACACUAGAGAAGUGGGUAACUGGAGCUUUUGCUGGUCAUACAGCAGUUUGUUUGAAAGAUGAGUUUGGCAAGCUUUGGGUUGCUGAAUCGGGAUAUGAAAAUGAAAAGGGUGAAGAAGUUAUUGGACUCACUCGCUGGGAUGAAUGGUGGGAAUUCGUACUCAAGGAUAGUUCGAAUCCACAAAUAGCAUUAUUACCUUUACAUCCUGAAGUGCGGGCUAGAUUUAAUUCUACUGCAGCAUGGGAAUAUGUUCGAGGAAUGUUGGGGAAACCAUAUGGUUACCAUAAUAUGAUUUUUAGUUGGAUUGACACGAUCUCUGAUAACUAUCCUCCUCCCGUUGAUGCUCACUUGGUGAUUUCUGUCAUGUCUAUGUGGACGAGAAUGCAGCCGACUUAUGCUGCAAAUAUGUGGAAUGAAGCAUUGAACAAGAGGCUCGGCACAGAGGGUCUAGAUUUAUAUGAAAUUCUUGCUGAGACCGAAAGACGUGGGUUAACCUUCGACCAAUUGCUUACCAUUCCAGAACUGGAUGAAUGGGUGUAUAGUGAUGGGAAAUCGACAACCUGUGUUGCCUUUAUUCUGGCAAUGUAUAAGGAAUCUGGAGUCUUUGGUUCUCUAGCUGAAUCCAUUCAAGUAACCGAGUUCACUAUUAGAGACGCCUACAUGCUCAAAAUUUACGAGAACAACCAGACACGCCUUCCGAGCUGGUGUAACAGCGGGAACGACAAGCUCCCCUUCUGCCAGAUUCUUGGCGAGUACCGGAUGGAACUCCCAGAGUACAACACAUUGGAGCCAUAUGCCAACAUGAAUGAGAAAUGCCCUUCUUUACCCCCAAGCUAUGAGAGGCCUAUCCAAUGCUAAAUGUACUAAUAAUGUUUGUAAAAGACUACGUUAGACAACCUAUCAUCUUGGACUAGGUUUCCCUCGUUUGAUUUCAUGGUAAUCCGUAAUUUCAAUCUAUGUACAUAUGUGUAAUAUACAGUGUAUGUAUUAUCUAACAGCUUAUGGUAAAUUGUUCUAUUUGUAAGACAGAUGGUGUGAGUGCUGUUGGUCUUCUAAAUAAAUGGAUAGACUGCCAUUUGUGUGUAAA